AUUCGUAUGCCUGGCUGAUUUCAUGUUUAUUGAUUUCUUUUACAGGAAGACGACGAAGAUGGGUUUAGUAGUAUGGGAACUCAAAGCACACAUUUUAUGACACCGGCAGAAAGACGAGCUCAUCAUAAUGCACUGGAGAGGAAGAGAAGAGAUCAUAUUAAAGAAAGUUUUACCAGUUUAAGAGAUUCUGUGCCUCAGUUACAAAGUGAAAAGUGUGACCGUGGUAAAAGGACAACAUCUCAGUCUCCAAAAGUAUCAAGAGCACAGAUUCUCAAAAAGGCAGCAGAUUACAUUACAUAUAUGAGACGCAAAAACCAUAGUCAUCAGCAAGAUAUUGAAGAGUUAAAGAGACAUAAUAAUGUUUUAGAACAACAAAUUAAAUCUUUAGAAAAAGCAAAAAGUACAGGACAGUUUGCUGUAUCUGGAUCAGUGAAUUCUCAUGGAGGGACAUUGUCUUUUGACAUGUCAGGAUCUGAUUCUGAGGAAAAUCAUGGACAAAUACCAGUAGCGAAAAAAAUCAAACUCUCAGUUGAUUGAUAGUGAAUGGAAGUAGACUAAACUUUUGUGACAAGUUGUAAUAAUAAUGAUGCAACCAAAGUUCGUACACACCGGAUUGGAUUUAAUAAGAAGUCAUCUUAAUAUUUUAUAAAUUGAAAGUGUUCUGUGAAGUGAUAUAUUCCUGGAUUAUAAUGAUUUAAAUGGCAAGGUGAUGAGGUACAUCACCUAAAGAAAAGGAUCAUUUCUUAUGUUUCAUGUCCUUUAUGACACAUUUCUAUAAAUUGACUGUAGCCAUAGUAAUAUGGCUGAACAGUGUUCAUGUUUCCAUGUUAAUUUGGUUAUUCAUUCAUUUUUAGCUCGACUAUUCAUAGAAUAGUGAGCUAUUGCACUCGCCUAUGCGUCGGCGUCCGCGUCCGCGUCCCGAUUUUGGUUAAGGUUUUGUAUGUAAGCUGGUAUCUCAGUAACCACUUGUGGGAAUGGAUUGAAACUUCACACACUUAUUCACUGUGACAAACUGACUUACAUUGCACAGGUUCCAUAACUCUAUUUUGCUUUUUUACAAAAUUAUGCCCCUUUUUCGACUUAGAAAUUUUUGGUUAAGGUUUUGUAUGUAAGCUGGUAACUCAGUAACCACUUGUGGGAAUGGAUUGAAACUUCACACACUUAUUCACUGUGAUGAACUGAUCAACCUUGCACAGGUUCCAUAACUCUAUUUUGCUUUUUUACAAAAUUAUGCCCCUUUUUCGACUUAGAAAUUUUUGGUUAAGGUUUUGUAUGUAAGCUGGUAUCUCAGUACUUACUAAUGGGAAUGGAUUGAAACUUCACAUACUUGUUCACUAUCAUGAUCUGACAUGCACUAAGCAAGUCCCAUAACUCUACUCUCUUUUUUUUCAAAAUUAUGCCCCUUUUUCGACUUAGCAGUUUUUGGUUAAAUUUUUGUAUGUAAUCUGAUAUCUCAGUAUCCACUAAUUGGAAUGGAUUGAAACUUCACACACUUGUUCACUGUCAUGAUCUAACAUGCACUGUGAAGGUCCCAUAACUCUACUUGGCAUUUUUACAAAAUUAUGCCCCUUUGACUUAGCAGUUUUUUGUUAAGUUUUUGUAUGUAAGCUGGUAUCUCAGUAUCCACAAAUUGGAAAGGAUUGAAACUUCACACACUUGUUCACUGUCAUGAUAUGACAUGCAGUACAGAGGUUCAAUACCUCUACUUUGCAUUUUACAAAAUUAUGCCCCUUUUUCAACUUUUGUAUUCAUUCAGUUGACAAGGCUGUUGAAUAGUCGAGCGUUGCUGUCCUCCGACAGCUCUUGUUCAAACUGUUACGACUUCAAAAAAUAUGCCGUAGCAAUUGUUCUACCUCAGUUUGUAUUGUUCAAGUUUUUAUGCAGUAUCCAUUUUCGCUGGAAUGGUGUAUACUAUAGUUUGAAAGGAAAGUCAUUUACUGCAGUAUUUUUGUUCUUGUUAGGAAUGUUUGAACAUGUGUUAGAAAUUCAUUUGUGUUUGUAAUUGAACACUUGUCAUUGUUACAAACAAACUGCACAAUUAAUGAAGGAAGCAUUCAAAAUGCCAGUGAUGCAGAAUAUUUCAGAGAGAAAUUGUGUGCAUUGUAAUGCUAUAAACACUUGGAUGUCAGUCCAAAAUAUUAUUGCUAGAAUUUACUAGAAAUGUGUCAUAAAUUGACAUGAAACGCCGUUGCUGUUGGGAAUUCAUUCUACUCUGUGAACUACACAAAGACACUGAACAUAUAAAUUGGUGCAGUUAUACUCUUUCCUUCCAAUCUGGUAUUGGAAUAUAUUUGUUGUACAUAUAAUUAGUUUGAAAUAGAACAUGAUUGUUUAAGUUUAUAAGCAGUGUUUGAUCAAAGUUUGAAAAAAUAUGUCAUAAUGAUGCAAAGUCCCCAAUUAAACUUUUAGUAACUUCAGCCUAAGUUACAUAAAAAGCUCUGUUAUUAAAACACAUUCUUGAUCAUAAAGUUGAUUUUUAGUAUCACCAAAGUGAUAUAUUUUUGUGAUGAGCAGUAUUUUAUCAGAAGUGCAUGGUCUUAAUUCUGUAGAAUAUAUCAAUGAGAAAGGCCUUCGGAAACCUGAAAAUACAUUGUGUAGCUUGAUUUAAUAAAUUACAUUUUUAGCUCACCUGAGCACGAAGUGCUCAAAGGUGAGCUUUUGUGAUCACCCUGUGUCCGUCAGUCGUCUGUCGUCAACAAUUUGACUGUUAACACUCUAGAGGUCACAAUUUUGGCCCAAUCUUAAUGAAACUUGGUCAUAAUGUUACCCUCAAUAAAAUCUUGGACGAGUUCGAUAUUGGGUCAUCUGGGGUCAAAAACUAGGUCAUCAGGUCAAAUCAAAGGAAAAGCUUGUUAACUCUCCAGAGGUCACAAUUUUGGCCAAAUCUUAAUGAAACUUGUUCAGAAUGUUACUCUCAAUAAAAUCUUGGACAUGUUUGAUAUUGGGUCAUCUAGGGUCUAAAACUAGGUCACCAGGUCAAAUCAAAGGAAAAGCUUGUUAACACUCUAGAGGUCACAAUUUUGGCCCGAUCUUAAUGAAGAUUGGUCAGAAUGUUACCCUCAAUAAAAUCUUGGACAAGUUUGAUAUUGGAUCAUCUGGGGUCAAACACAAGGUCACCAGGUCAAAUCAAAGGUAAAGCUUGUUAACACUGUAGAGGCCACAUUUAUGACUGUAUCUUCAUGAAUCUUGGUCAGAAUGUUAAUCUUGAUAGUCUCAAGGUCCAACUGAAUCUGGGUCAUGUAGGAUCAAAAACUAGGUCACCAGGUCAAAUAAGAGGAAAAGCUAGUUAACACUGUAGAGGCCACAUUUAUGACCAUAUCUUAAUCAAGACUUAAUGAAACUUGGUCAGAAUGUUGAUCUUAAUGAUCUAUAGGUCAAGUUCAAAUCUGGGUCAGGUGGGGUCGAAAACUAGGUCACUAGGUCAAUUCAAAGGAAAAGCUUGUUAACACUCGAGAGGCCACAUUUAUGACUGUAUCUUCAUGAAACUUAGUCAGAAUGUUAAUCUUGAUGAUCAUUAGAUCAAGUUCGAAUCUGGGUCCAGGGGCAGCGAAAUCUUAUUUUGACUUGCUUGUCCGUUUUUGUCAUUUGCUAUUUUUUAUUUGUACGUAUGAUAGUUAUAUAGUAAAUUCUGGUCAAAUUUCACUUGUCCAUACAAGCUUUGGGACAACCUGGGCAAUACGGACAAUUGAAUUUGCCACCCCUGUGGGUCAUGUUGGGUCAAAAACUAGGUCAACCGGUCAAAUCGAAGGAAAAUUAGUUAACUCUUUAGAGACCACAUUUAUGACCGUAUCUUAAUGAAACUUGGUCAGAAUGUUAAUCUUGAUGAUCUUCUUAGGUCAAUAGGUCAGGUGAGAGAUACAGGGCCUUCAUGGCCCUCUUGUUUAAUCUUCAUAAACAGUUUUCUAGACUUUACUCAGUUCACUUACUUCUGUUCUCACUCUUUGCUUUGCCCUCUCUGCAUAGUAUUUCCAUUCAUGAGUUACUAGUAAAUGGAUUGAGAAAGAACUACAUUCCAGAGUUUACAUCUUGAUACACAAUUAUUUUAGUCUCCACACGUAGUAAUAUCUACUUUAGAACAGCCAUAUAAUGUUUAUACACAUUUGUUAAAAACUUUCCAUAAAAUGUAAAGUUUUUACUGUAACACAGAUGUUUGCAAAAAUGGAGAGAAAUCCAUAGAAGUCGCUUAUGUAUUUAGUAUGGUGUUCUGCUGGGGCCAUCAAUUCACAACUCCACCUGUUGAUAGGCAAGGGAAAAUUUACGUUGCAUGGGGACGAGAACGCAUUGUGAAGGCAUAAUAUUUAUAUAUGGUAUUUUCACAUCCUGGGUGCCAUCUUUAAGCUUCCACGUAUCAUUGUCUCAUGACUUUUGCAAGGUGGCGGAAUGAUGGCCCUAAAGGAACACCAUAACUUAAGUUUCUGUAUGAUUUAAUAUAGAGAAACUAAAGGAGAUUGACGAGUUUUUGUACAAAUAAUUUACUUGUAUUCAGCUGCCAUGAAUUUUGAUAAACAUUUGUCCUGCUCUUCUAGUUGUUUAUGUUAUAUUGAUGUAUAGAUUUUAAUAAAUUGUAAAAAAUGGA